ACUAAAUAAUAUUAAUAAUAUUAGUUAGAGCAGCUUUCUGUGUUCCUUUUCACCAUCGCCACUAAGGUCUUGCAAUCCGAUUCCACUUCAAUCUUCUCCAUUUCAGACGAUUUCGCAAGCUUCAAACCAUACUAUAUAGCAUAAGCUUCCACAAUAAGCGGGUCUUGAAAUCCACUUCUCUUCUCCGUCAUCGCUGUCGUUCUUUUAUUCGAAGCACUCAACAACUGCAUUUGCAAAAUAUCUAAGAAAUGGAUCCAAAAUUAACCGAGAUUUCUCAGCUCUUCGAUCGAUUUAAGGCUGCGUUUCUCAGAAACGACUUUGAUUCCAGUUCCAAUCUCCUUUCCCAGCUUAAGGUGUUACUGACAGGGUUCAGAAGUCUUCCACCAUUGUUUGCAGAUACACCUAAUGCUAUUCAGGAGUUAACAAUAGCAAGGGAUAUAUAUGAGCAUGCUGUUGUCCUCAGUGUAAAAAUAGAGGAUCAAGAUGCAUUUGAAAGGGAUUUCUUCCAGUUGAAACCUUAUUAUACAGAUGCUCGCAAUCGCCUUCCACAAUCUCCUCAGGAGUACCCAAUACUUGGUCUCAACCUGCUGAGACUACUUGUGCAGAAUAGGAUAGCUGAAUUUCAUACUGAGUUGGAAUUACUUUCGUCCACUGCUCUAGAGAAUCCUUGUAUUAAGCAUGCCGUGGAGUUGGAGCAAUCUUUUAUGGAAGGGGCUUACAACCGUGUCUUGAGUGCUCGGCAGACUGUGCCACAUGAAACAUAUGCUUACUUCAUGGAUCUUUUGGCUAAGACAAUCAGAGAUGAGAUAGCAGGAUGCAGUGAAAAGGCAUAUGACUAUCUUUCAAUUAAUGAUGCUAAGCAAAUAUUGCUGUUCUCCAAAGACCAGGAGCUCUUGGAGUAUAUUAAAGAGGAGCACCCUGAGUGGGAAAUUAAGAACGGUUCUGUCUUCUUUCAAAAGGCAAAAGACUCUGCACCUUGCAAAGAAAUACCAUCUCUGCAACUCAUCAACCAAACACUUAGUUAUGCUAGGGAGUUAGAGAGGAUUGUCUGAAAGGAAAUGCAUGCAAAUGGGCCUGAGUUUUCAGAAAUUGCUAUCACUGUCUUUUGAAGUUGUUUACCUCUGAUUCAAUGUGGAACUAAAAAAUGAUUUUAUCUGUGGAUUGUUUCUUGGUGUAACUUUUUCUUUCUUCUUUACUGUGCUAAAAAUAUUCUAUACUUGCAUUGACUUCUAUGUCGUAAGAAAUAGAUAAUUAUUGAGGAUGUAGUUCAAAUUUCAAAUACGAUGUAAGGUUCAUAUUUCAAAUCAAAGUGAAAUUUAGUGUA